AUGGGUGCGUGCCUGGGCAAGCCGCUAGCGGAUGGCGAUCAACAAGGAGGGCGGAGAAAACACAAGGGCCGACACAAAAAUGCCGCACCGGAAGAGCCGGAGGAGUUAGUCUUCGCAAAUGAGAAGCCGCCGGAGAAAGGCGCCGCGGAGGCGCAACCUCAACAGCGGAACGGCGAAAUUGCUGAAGGAUCGAACGCGGGAGGGGGGGAAGCAACCGGGGGAGGAAAUGGCGCGGGGAGCGCGUUCGGGGCGGGCGGUGGGGGAAGGGCGGGGCUGAGCCCGUUCGAGGAUCCGCGGAACAAGGUGUUCGAGUCGCCCGCAAUGUCGGUAAUGGGCACUCCCGCCAUCCACCUGUCCAAUUUCUCCCCCGCGCCCGCCACCUUCGACGGGCUCGCGGGGAGCAUUCUGCAGCAGGCGGCGGAAAAGGCGCGCGUGAGCCGGCUGCGCGACGACGAGCGCGGCAAGCAGAUGGACGCGGCGGAGGGCGCCGCGGGGGCGGGGAACCAGAUCCCCGUGGGCGUGGUGGUUGGCGGAGGGGGCGGCGGAGGGUUCGGCGCAGCGGCGGGCGCAGGGAGCGCGGGGGCGGGGAGCAGCGGAGGAUCGGGGGAGGGGCAUGAGGGAAAGGAGCUGAAUAAGAAAUUCGGGUAUGCGCGGAACAUUAACGCCAAGUACGAGUUGGAGCACGAGGUGGGGCGCGGGCACUUCGGGCACACGUGCGCGGCGACGGGGAAGAGGGGCGAGGUGAAGGGCGUGCAGUGCGCCAUCAAAGUCAUUCCCAAGGCCAAUUGGCACUCGAUCCUUCCCUCCUUCCCCCCACUCGCCCACUAUUUCCCCCCACCUUCUCCCCUCCUUACACCCACUCGCCCCCCAUUUCUUCCCACCUUCUCCCCUCCUUACCCCCACUCGCCCCCCAUUUCCCCCCACCUUCUCCCCUCCUUCCCCUCACUCGCGCCCCAUUCCCCCCCACCUUCUCCCCUCUUUCCCCCUUCUCUUCCCCACCCACAGAUGACGACGGUGAUAGCGGUGGAGGACGUGAAGAGGGAGGUGCGGCUGAUGGCCUCAACCCUGUCCCACCGCCCUCCCCCACCCAACUCCCCCCUUGCCACUCCCUUUCCCCUUUCUCUUCCCCCCACAGAUGACGACGGUGAUAGCGGUGGAGGACGUGAAGAGGGAGGUGCGGCUGAUGCGCGCGCUGGGCCCGCAGGAGUUCGCCUCUGCCUUCCUCUUCGCCCCAUUGCGUUUUCCAUCACUGCUGCACCUCUCUCCUCCCCUCUUCAAUCCUUAUCCCCGUCUCUCUCGUUCGUCCCCUCUUCAAUCCUUAUCCCCGUCUCUCUCGUUCAUCCCCUCUUCACAACUCACCCUUCAUCCCCUCUUCACAACUCACCCUUCAUCCCCUCUUCACAACUCACCCUUCAUCCCCUCUUCACAACUCACCCUUCAUCCCCUCUUCACAACUCACCCUUCAUCCCCUCUUCACAACUCACCCUUCAUCCCCUCUUCACAACUCACCCUUCAUCCCCUCUUCACAACUCACCCUUCAUCCCCUCUUCACAACUCACCCUUCAUCCCCUCUUCACAACUCACCCUUCAUCCCCUCUUCACAACUCACCCUUCAUCCCCCUUCCCCCACCCCAACCCAUCCCGCUUAACCUCCCGUCCGCGAUUUCACCCAGGGGAGGCAAGUACCCGGAGCACGAGGCGAGGGAGGUGAUGCGGCAGAUCCUCAACAUCAUUGCCUUCCUGCACCAGCAGGGCGUCGUGCACCGCGACUUAAAGCCCGAGAACUUCCUGUUCAAGUCACGAGACGAGGGCUCAGCACUGCGAGCCAUCGACUUCGGCCUCUCCGACUUCGUGCGGCCGGACCAGAAGCUCAACGACAUCGUAGGCUCGGCGUACUACAUCGCCCCGGAGGUGCUCCACCGAGCCUACGGCACCGAAGCUGACGUGUGGUCCGUGGGAGUCAUAGCCUACAUUCUUCUCUCCGGGUCCCGGCCCUUCUGGGCGCGCACGGAGUCGGGCAUUUUCCGUGCCGUGCUGCGGCUGGAGCCGAACCUGAUUGACGCGCCGUGGCCCGCGGUGUCGCAUGCCGGAAGGGACUUUGUGCACCGCCUGCUCACUAAGGACUACCGCCGCCGCCCCACUGCCGCCCAGGCGCUGACGCACCCGUGGAUCCGCAGCAGCAGUGCGCGCAUCCCGUUGGACAUCGCCGUGUACAAGAGCCUGCGCGCCUUCUUCUCCUUCUCUCCUCUCCGCCGCGCCGGGCUCAAGGCGUUGGUGCCAACACUGACAGAGGACGAGUUGCUGGCGUUGGUGCCGACGCUGACGGAGGACGAGUUGGUGUAUCUGAGGGCGCAGUUUGGGUACAUGGACGUGGACGGGGAUGGGCUCAUUGACUUCAACGACCUCAAAAACGCGAUGCAGCGCGUGGCAACAGACGCGAUGCGCGAGUCGCACACCAUCGACCUGCUCAAGACGCUCAGCUCGACGCCUUCCCUCCACCCCCAUUAUCCCCCGUCUCUGAGAGUUUCCUCCGAUGCGUCCCUUGCCCCUCUCUCCCCACCACCAGCUAGAGCCAGCGCGCAUAUCCCGGAUGCCCUUCACGGACUUCUAUGCAGCAGCGCUCAACGUCUCUCCUCAUCUUCCCCUUAUCCCCUGCCUCUUGGCAAUCCUUCCCCACCCCCCUCCACCCACCAGCUAGAGCCAGCGCGCAUAUCCCGGAUGCCCUUCACGGACUUCUAUGCAGCAGCGCUCAACCUAGAGCCAGCGCGCAUAUCCCGGAUGCCCUUCACGGACUUCUAUGCAGCAGCGCUCAACCUAGAGCCAGCGCGCAUAUCCCGGAUGCCCUUCACGGACUUCUAUGCAGCAGCGCUCAACCUAGAGCCAGCGCGCAUAUCCCGGAUGCCCUUCACGGACUUCUAUGCAGCAGCGCUCAACCUAGAGCCAGCGCGCAUAUCUCGAAUGCCCUUCACGGACUUCUGUGCGGCGGCACUCAACGUGUUUCAGCUGGAGGCGCUGCCCAACUGGCCCGAGCGGGCGCGCGUGGCGUACCAGACGUUCGUGAGAGGAGGCAAGGCGCAUGUGACCAUUGACGAGCUCGUCAAGGAGUUGGGCCAAGUGGAGUCGAUGGCCAACGCGGCCCUGCUGGACGAGUGGACCAACUUCGACGGCACCGUCAGCUUCCUGGGCUUCACGCGCCUGGUGCACGGCCCCUCGCGCGCGCGCAAGCAGCGCCACGUGCGCGCCAAGCCCAAGCCCUCCGUGUCCCCCACGUCAUCGGGGAGAGUGAAGCACCCCCCGGGGGGCUCUGAGAUGAAACCCAUCCCGGAGGAUGGCGGGGAGGGGAAGGCAGCACAGGGUAGUGGGGCGAUGGGGCAGGGGCAGGCAGGAGUGCAUCAGCAGCAGCAGCAGCAGCAAGGGCAGCAACAGCCGGUUCAAUACCAAGCCCAGCAGCAGCAACUGCAACAAGAGCAGGUGCAGGCGGAUCUGCAUUCUUUCAAACCCUACCAGCAGCAGCAGGCGGUGCCACCGCAGGCGAGUGGGGAGGCAGCGGGAUUGGAUGCCACAGCAGCAGUGGCAGGGCUGGGAAUCCCCAUGUUCCAGUCCUACUCGCAGCAGCCGCAGCAGCCGCAGCAGCAGCAGCCGCAGCAGCAGCAGCCGCAGCAGCAGCAGCAGCAGCAGCAGCAGCAGCAGCAGCAGCAGCAGCAGCAGCAGCAGCACAUGGGGGCAUUGGGGGAAGGGGGAAGGUCGAGGGGGAGUGCUUCUGGGGGGAACAGAUUAGGGGCGAGCCGACUAGGGGGGAGCGGGUCAAGGGGAGACGCGAUGAGUGGGGGUACGGGAGGGAGUGCGAGUGAAGGGAUGGAUGCGCAAAGAGCAGUGGGGGAGUAUGGAGGGGGGGUUGUGGGGAGUAGCAAUGGGGAGGGCGAAUCGGCGGUGCGGCAAGCGAAGGGUGCGGGAUCGAUUCCAGACGGCAUCAUGUCGGCAGAAGAAGCGGUGGCGGCGGGAGGGCUGUGA